AUGGGAAAGGAUUACAAAUAUGGUCAGCCAUAUGGCGGAUACAACUAUUCGCCUGCACCAACAAAGAUGGAAAUAACCAUCAACCAGAAUCCUGGAUCAUCAAAUGGAGGACAAGCAGCUCCUUAUUCUUCUUCUAGACGACCUCAAGCUACUGCUCCCCCUCCACCCAUAUAUCCUGAUUGUAAUAAUCCACCUUAUAAUCCAAUGUGGAUUGACAGAUUCCCUCGGCGUGAGAACCGUGGAAUGUUCCGUCUCUGCUUAGUUGAAUUGAUGUUAGGAAUUGUUAUUUUUGGUGGUGGAAUAUGGUGCUAUAAUGAUACUCCAGACUAUUGUCCAUAUUACUCUGCCAUUUGGACAUCAGCGUUUUUCAUCCUCAAUGCCCUGAUUGGAAGUGCAGCCGCAAAACUCGGAUCGCAUAAUCUCUACAUGGCUCAUCUUGUUCUUUCACUUAUUACAGUAAUGAUGUGCUUCAUAGGAGGAGGUCUGAGUGCCAGAAACUGGGCUCUGGUUGGAACUUAUCAUCAUCCCAGAAUUGAGAGAGAUGAAGCUUUCUGCCUGCUGGGAACUCAUGAUACUGGCCGAAUCUCGUACAUCUUUUCUCAUAUGGACAAAUACGAUUUUUCAAAAUGCUUAUGGCAACUGAAAGUAGGUGUUGCGGUAAACUCAGUCCAGUUCGUUGUUGACGUUCUUGAAGUCUUAUUGAAUAUUCUUUCCGCAAUACUUUGUCUCAAAAGAACUUGCAGCUUCUAA